AUGAUUCUAAGGGCCCUUAUAGACCAAUGCUCUGAGGGGACACUAAUCACAAGCCGCGCAGUGCGUGCAUUAGGCUUACGUCGCACUCCAGUUGUCACGGACGUCAGCGGCGUAGGAGCAACCUCUGGUACAAGCACCGAAUGUGUUAGUUUUCAACUACGUUCAAAUCUCAAUCCGCACUUUGAGACAUUCGUACCAUUAGCCUUUGUAAUGGACACAGUCACAUCGGACUUACCCAGCAAUCAGAUAGAACCACAGGCGUGGCCGCAUAUGGACGGUCUCGUAUUGGCAGACCCCACCUACUUCAAGUCCAACAAAAUUGACUUGUUGAUUGGAACAGAAAUGCAUGCGUCUAUUCUGUUACCAGACAUCCGCAUCGGCCGGCGUGAUCAUCCUAUAGCGCAGAACUCAUAUUUUGGGUGGAUUUUGUAUGGUCAAGUGGCUCCCGCAGCUCCAACUGUCGACCCGUCAGCCACCAUUCGUUGUCAUCACACCGCAAUCAGUCCACACUUGGAAACACUAGUUCAACGUUUCUUCGAGACAGAGGAAAUACAAGAAGAGCGCGCUAGAUCAGAGGAGGAACAAUGGUUCAUCGACUUUUUCAAUCAACAUUGUAUUCGUCAACCAACGGGAAAAUAUAUGGUACGGCUGCCGCUCAAAUCUCACUUCGACCCAAACUAG